CUUCGUAUCCAGCAUGAGGCUCAUUGACAAAAUCAACGCGUCGGGCAAUAAUCCCUUCUAUACCUUUGAAUUCUUCCCACCCAGAACAGACCAGGGAUUCAGCAACCUCCUCUCUCGAAUAUCCCGUCUUACGGAGCUCAAGCCCUCUGCGAUUUCAAUUACAUGGGGUGCAGGAGGCUCGACUAGGGAUCGUACGCUCGAACUCGCUUCGGUCACGCAGAGGGACUAUGGCGUCGAUACGAUUGUGCAUGUUACAUGCACGAAUAUGGAGCAGGGCAUGGUCGACGAUGCGCUGAGGGCUGCGAAAAGGAUAGGCAUUGAGAAUAUCCUUGCCUUAAGAGGAGACCCGCCGAGAGGCGAAGAAGAAUGGACCCCUGUGGAUCAACGCUUCACGCACGCCGUCGACCUCGUCUCGUACAUCCGAUCCACGCCCGAAUUCGCAGACUCGUUUUGUAUUGGAGUGGCAGCUUACCCCGAUGGGCAUACGGACAAGGAAUACUCCGAGGAUGAGGAAAUCGACCAUUUGAAGGCGAAGGUGGACGCUGGAGCGGACUUCAUCGUCACCCAACUGUUUUACGACGUCGAUAACUACAUGCGCUGGUUGGGGAAGGUUAGGCAAAGAGGCAUCGCCGUUCCCGUCAUUCCCGGAAUCAUGCCCCUGCAGACCUACUCUUCCUUCCUACGUCUCACCAAGCUGUGUGGCACCCACAUCCCACCAGAAAUCCAGGCCGAGUUGGAACCCAUCAAACACGACGACCAAAAAGUCAAGGACUACGGCGUCUCGCUGUCCGUACGGCUGAUCAAACGUUUGGUAAACGAAGGAGGCGUAACUGGCUUCCACUUCUCGACUCUCAACCUCGAAAAGAGCGUUCAACGCAUUUUGGAAGGCCUUGAUUGGGCCCACAAAGGUCCCUCCAAGUUCCAAAACUGGCUCAUUGCUGAAACACCAGGUCCCAUCGUCCACCCUCCUGAGCCAAAGUCGGAGUUCGUCGUCACUCCCGCCAACGCGAGUGAUUACGCCACCUCUGGCCUCAAUUCGCAUCUCCCCAAGGAAGGAGAAGUCGGAAAGGGAGAGGUCAACAACGCCGCGACGUGGGACGAGUUCCCAAACGGCCGGUUCGGUGACGUGAACAGUCCGGCGUUCGGGACACAGGACCUCUGGGGUGGUUACAGCAGACUCCGAAACGAAGCCUCCCAAUGGGCCCGGCCAACCUCCCCAGCCGACAUAACCUCCAUCUGCCUCCGCUUCCUCACCUUCCACGCCUCUUCUUGGCCCUUCUCCCCCUCUCCUCUCUCCUCCGAAUCGCAGCUCAUCCUCCCGCACCUCAAACGUCUAGCGCAUCUCGGCUGGUGGCCCGUCGGGUCGCAGCCGGCCGUGGACGGGGCGAGGAGCGAGGACGAGACGGUUGGGUGGGGACCGAGGAGCGGGUAUGUGUACCAGAAGGCGUUUGUUGAGUUUUUUGUUGGGGAGGAGGAGGUGAGGAGGUUGGAGGGGAGGGUUAGGGAGAGAGGGAAGGGGGAGGUGGAUUUGUUGGCUUGUAAUUUCAAGGAUGAUCUGAGGACGAAUGUGGCUGACGGAGAGAGGAAUGCGGUUACGUGGGGUGUGUUCCCUGGACAAGAAAUCGUGCAAUCGACGAUCAUCGAACGCGAAUCGUUCCUUUCGUGGAAGGACGAAGCCUUCUCAAUAUGGACAGACUGGGCCUCGCUCUACCCACCCGGGUCGAAAGAACGCGAGCUCCUGGAGGGCAUCCGCGACACGCGUUAUCUGGUCAACGUCACGCAUCAUGAUUUUAAGAAUCCGGACGCGCUGUGGAAUUUCUUGUUUGAGGAUUUGCCGGUGGAGCCGGAGGCUGCCCUUGGAGAGCGAUGAGCAGUGCGGUGGUGAAUGUUUGGGCCCGUGGACUCGGGCACUUCGAGUCAGUGUGUGUUAGACGGACUUGGUGCAGUGAAAUGUGGAAUACGAAAUGGGAAGUGUGUAAGAGCACGAAAUUUAUAGCAUAUCAUGGUGUUGUAUAACUACAAUUUAUUGCCAAUGUAUGUGCGGACCAGAAAC